GCCUCUCUCUUUUUCCGGCAUCGUGUAGCUAGCUGGACAUAUAUUGUGGAAGCCUAAUCGAACAUGGCUGAUACCGCCGCUAAGAAGCCGGCCAAAAAGGUGGCCCCAAAGAAGGCUGGUGCCGCAGCGAAAGCUGAGGCCGGAGCGAAGGCCGAGGUAAAGGUAGCGCCCAAGGGGGACCGUAAAUCCCGGCAAACCCCAGAGGCCAUUCGUGCUCGUGUCAAGAAGGCGAAGGAACAGCGUACUCCCAAACCCAGCUUGCCGCGCCCGAAGAAGAGCUUUGGACGUUUGUGGGCAAAGGCCGUGUUCACCGGCUACAAGCGCGGUCUGCGCAAUCAGCACGAGAACCACGCUCUCCUGAAGGUGGAAGGCUGCCGUAACCGCAAGAACGUCCUGUUCUACAUCGGCAAACGGUGCGUGUAUGUGUAUCGUGGCAAGGCAAAGCGUAGCCACCCGGGCAGCAACAAGAAGUCGACCAUUCGCGCCAUUUGGGGCAAGAUUACCCGUUCGCACGGUAACAGCGGCAGUGUACGCGCUCGGUUCCGCACGAACUUGCCAGGACACGCCAUGGGUCACCGCAUUAGAAUCAUGCUGUAUCCGUCGCGUAUUUAAACGGCAGUAAAUCUUGUGUACAUUUAUAAUGGAAUCCAACAAUAAAAAAGCGAGCGAAGACGAGUAACUCCUGGAGAUUUGUGCACCGUA